GCACAUUUCAGAACUGAGUUUCGGAGUAACUUGACAGUGUGCAGUGUUGAUACAACUUCAAAAUGCCUGAUCCUUGCUGUAAAGAGAAAUGCGUUUGUGCCGAGGGUGGCUGCACGAAGGGCUGCAAGUGCACAAGCUGCAAAUGCGCCCCGUGUGAGAAAUGCUCGUCUGGCUGCGCGUGUUCAUCCAAGGAGAAGUGCGCGACGAGAUGCACGAAGCCAUGCAGCUGUUGCCCAUAGACGUGUGAUUCGACUGCUGCAUUCUGCAUGACUAAGCAACGGAAAUAUUAAUUCUUCUAUUUUGUUUCUCGUAUGUUAUGACUGAAUUAUUGGAAUGUUUGACUAAAUGAAAGAAUGUGAAAAGGUGGUUUUUAAUUCUCAUUCUAUAUAUAAAAUGUCGGCAUUCCUGCCACAAAUAUUUAUAUAUAUGAGGGAGAAGGAAAAGCAAAAGAAAGAGGGGGGGGGGAAGAAAAUAUUGAUUUUCUACCAUUCCUUUCAUUGGCAACUCCUUCACGUGUUUAUCUCUCGCUCUCAAGUUUUUUUCUCUCUCACUUAAGGCUAGACUGACCAAUCAAUAUCUGACUCUCCAUUAGAAAAAUCUAGGGAAUCAAAAAACUGAACUUCCAAACAGGAUGUAUAGAAUUCGUUCAGUUUUGAAUAUUAUAAGAUUAGAAUACGAAACUUCAUCAGACUUAUAUCUACCUCUUUCUACAUUCUCUCUUGUAUAAUGAUAAGAUGUCUAUCCAUCUACUUUUAUUUUCCCUUUCUUCCUCUAACACCCGCUUCCACUGGCGAACCGUCAAAGGGGUAAGCGAGCAGAUCGAAGAUUAAAUGGCUGUGCACCAACAGGACCGAAAGCAACGUGCAACCGGGAAGAGUAACUUCGAAUGAAGUUUCUACCUACUGUAUAUACUUUGGCAUUAAUCGAUAAAAAAAGAAAGACUUGUUGGAUUAAAAUAUUCAAGCUGGUCCCGAGAACAAAAAUAUGUUGGCAGAAAAUAAGCAGAAAAAUCUCUAGACAUUAGGCAAGAAUUUAAAAAUCAAGGAAAGGGCAAAGUGCAGAUGAGACAAUAUAUGGAUAAAUAUGGGUAAUAAACUAUAAAAGAGGAAAGUGUUUUCGGUCGUGAUUGUGAUGGAAAUUUUGCAGUCGUGAUUUCUUAAAAUAAGAGGGAUAAGACGAAAUGGAAGGCAGAUAUAUCGACAUACUGAGAUCGAUCGAUAGAUAGGAAAGAGAGUAGAUAUAUAGAAAUUGUUAAAUAGAUAGGCAGAUAGAUUCAGAAACUGAUAAAUUGAGAGGGAUGUGCAUAUAAAUAUAUAUAUACACUUAUACAUAUAUACAUAUACACAUAUAUAUAUACAUACACAUAUAUAUAUACAUACACAUAUAUAUAUACAUAGACACAUAUAUAUAUACACAUAAAUAUAUAUACACAUACACACAUAUAUAUACACAUACACACAUAUAUAUAUACAUACACAUAUAUAUAUACAUACAUAUAUAUAUAUAUACAUACACAUAUAUAUACUUACACAUAUAUAUAUACUUACACAUAUAUAUACUUACACAUAUAUAUAUAUUUACACAUAUAUAUACAUAUACAUAUAUAUACACACACAUAUACAUAUAUACAUACACAUAUAUACAUAUAUACAUAAAUGUACAUAUACAUAUAGAGAGGAGGGGAGAAGAAAGUGAGUUACAUAUAUAUGUGAAUGUGUGUGUGUAAAGAAAGAGAGAGAGAGAGGAAGAAAGAGAAAGAGAAAGAAAGAUAGAAAGAGAGAGAAAGAGAUAUAUAAAGAGAAAGAGAAAGAGAGAGAGAAGGUGAAUUGGUUCGAAAUUCCUUAACCAGUAACUGUCAUUGCUGCACACGACACGCAGUGAAAUCCCUUAUCAAUCGCUUAUAUAAGCGUGGAGCGUUGCCUGUCGUUUCAGAACUGCCUUUCGGAGUUACUCGACAGUGUGCAGUGUUGAUACAACUUCAAAAUGCCUGAUCCUUGCUGUAACGAGAAAUGCGUUUGUGCCGAGGGUGUCUGCACGAAGAGCUGCAAGUGCACAAGCUGCAAAUGCUCGUCUGGCUGCGCGUGUCCCUCCAAGGAGGAGUGCGCGACGAGAUGCACGAAGCCAUGCAGCUGUUGCCCAUAGACGUGUGAUUCGACUGCUGCAUUCUGCAUGACCAAGCAACGGAAAUAUUUAUUCUUCUAUCUUGUUUCUCGUAUGUUAUGACUGAAUUAUUGGAAUGUGUUUGAAUAAAUGAGAGAAUGUGAAAAA